UUUUCUUCAGAAUUUUUUUCUUCAAAAUUUACUUUUUUAAGAUCUAAUACAACUUGAUUAUAUCUCCUCAUCUCAAAAAUUUGGUAUGUCCUAAUUAUAUUUCCUAAUGCAUCCUAAUUAUAGAUUUAUAUCUUGGUUUUAUCUCUUCUAAAACAUUAAAUACGUUCUGGUUGUAUCUCUUCUAAAACAUUAAAGAUCUAAUACAUUCUGGUUGUAUCUCUCCUAAAACAUUAAAGAUCUAAAUACGUUCUGAUUAUAGAUCUAAUACAUUCUGAUUAUAUCUCCUCAUCUUAAAGAUUUAAUACGUUUUGGUUAUAUCUCCUCAACUUAAAGAUCUAAUACGUUCCGGUUAUAUUUCCUCUAAUACGUUCUGGUUAUAUCUCCUCAUCUUAAAGAUCUAAUACGUUCCGGUUAUAUUUCCUCUAAUACGUUCUGGUUAUAUCUCCUCAUCUUAAAGAUCUAAUACGUUCCGGUUAUAUUUCCUCUAAUACGUUCUGGUUAUAUCUCCUCAUCUUAAAGAUCUAAUACGUUCCGGUUAUAUUUCCUCUAAUACGUUCUGGUUAUAUCUCCUCAUCUUAAAGAUCUAAUACGUUCCGGUUAUAUUUCCUCUAAUACGUUCUGGUUAUAUCUCCUCAUCUUAAAGAUCUAAUACGUUCCGGUUAUAUUUCCUCUAAUACGUUCUGGUUAUAUCUCCUCAUCUUAAAGAUCUAAUACGUUCCGGUUAUAUUUCCUCUAAUACGUUCUGGUUAUAUCUCCUCAUCUUAAAGAUCUAAUACGUUCCGGUUAUAUUUCCUCUAAUACGUUCUGGUUAUAUCUCCUCAUCUUAAAGAUCUAAUACGUUCCGGUUAUAUUUCCUCUAAUACGUUCUGGUUAUAUCUCCUCAUCUUAAAGAUCUAAUACGUUCCGGUUAUAUUUCCUCUAAUACGUUCUGGUUAUAUCUCCUCAUCUUAAAGAUCUAAUACGUUCCGGUUAUAUUUCCUCUAAUACGUUCUGGUUAUAUCUCCUCAUCUUAAAGAUCUAAUACGUUCCGGUUAUAUUUCCUCUAAUACGUUCUGGUUAUAUCUCCUCAUCUUAAAGAUCUAAUACGUUCCGGUUAUAUUUCCUCUAAUACGUUCUGGUUAUAUCUCCUCAUCUUAAAGAUCUAAUACGUUCCGGUUAUAUUUCCUCUAAUACGUUCUGGUUAUAUCUCCUCAUCUUAAAGAUCUAAUACGUUCUGGUUAUAUCUCCUCAUCUUAAAGAUCUAAUACGUUCCGGUUAUAUCUCCUCAUCUUAAAGAUCUAAUACGUUCCGGUUAUAUUUCCUCUAAUACGUUCUGGUUAUAUCUCCUCAUCUUAAAGAUCUAAUACGUUCUGGUUAUAUCUCCUCAUCUUAAAGAUCUAAUACGUUCCGGUUAUAUCUCCUCUAAUACGUUCUGAUUAUAUCUCCUCAUCUUAAAGAUCUAAUACGUUCCGGUUAUAUCUCCUCUAAUACGUUCUGAUUAUAUCUCCUCAUCUUAAAGAUCUAAUACGUUCCGGUUAUAUCUCCUCAUCUUAAAGAUCUAAUACGUUCUGGUUAUAUCUCUUCGCCAAUUAAAUCCUGGUUAUAUCUUCUCGUAUCUUCGUCCUUGAUAUCAAAUACGUUGUAGGUUUUAUCUUCAUACCUUGAAUGUCUAAUUCAAUUUGGUUAUCUUUUCUUGUCCUUCGAUUAUUAAGAGGCAUACUUGAUGGAAGAAUUUCCGAAAAAUAAAAAUUGUGAUUUAAUUGCUAUUAAGUUGUUAUUUAAGAGUUAUUAAAACGAUAUUAAAUUUCAUAUAUGGUAUAUAGGAUAAUAAACGAGUAAUUAAAAUAGUUAUUAAAUUCAUAGAAUUCCAGAUAUCGGCGUUGCAUGUGGUCUGAUUAUCAGUAUAUCCUACCAAGUAAUUGCUAUUUUAAGCCAUUACAUACAUUUUAUCAGUAGAUUAUUUACGAUAUCGUAGAGCACGUCCAUGACAUAUCAUUUUAUCAGUGCUUAUCAUCAAUAUUUUUUGCUGAUAUUUUGUAUAUAAGUCGAAGCGAGCAUUCAUUAGUAUUCAGACCGACAACGCUGUUCUUCUCGUCGCAUCUUUGGUAUCUCUACUUCUGUGUUUUUUUGAACAUAGUCUCCAGAAACAUUUGAAAACUAAUAUGGACAUAGUCUCCGGUCAACAGUUCCUGACUUAGUCUCUGAAAACCAUCGUGAACAUAGUCUCCGGUCAACAGUUCCUGACUUAGUCUCUGAAAACCAUCGUGAACAUAGUCUCCGGUCAACAGUUCCUGACUUAGUCUCUGAAAACCAUCGUGAACAUAGUCUCCGGUCAACAGUUCCUGACUUAGUCUCUGAAAACCAUCGUGAACAUAGUCUCCGGUCAACAGUUCCUGACUUAGUCUCUGAAAACCAUUGUGGAUGUAGUCUCCAAUAACAUCUUUACAUGAAUUCGUAUUUAGAAGAUGGAUAAAAUAACUACAAUUCUUCCAUCAAGUUGCCAGCUUCCUUAUAGUGAUGAUGACGUUGAAAGUAUUUCUACAAUAUCGGAUGAAAGACAAGAUAUCCAAAUUACUUGGUGGAAUCUACUCAAAGAGAAAGCAACACAAGAAAAUUGCAAACAAAUAACUAUAGCAUUACAACAAGUUAGUAAGGAACCAACAGCUUAUACAGACAGUAGUGCUUUCUUAAAACAUUGUGAGACAUAUUUGAAUGAGUAUAAAAUACUGCAGAAUAAGAAAUCAGAACGUAUCUUAGUGUGUAAGUACUAUCUUUCUUACUCAAAUGGAAAGAUAGUAAAUAAUUGUCGUAUUUGUGAAAAAGAAACAAAUACCAUAAAAAAUCACAUGAACAUUACAAAUUUAAUAGCACAUCUUACAAAUGAACAUUUAGAAUUGAUAAAUAAUCUUAGUCACUCUAAAGCUAGCAUAAUAAAGUUAUCAGAUGAAAUAGAUGCACAAAUACCAAAACAUAAAGUUGUGUUAACACCAGAAUAUACAUACACUCCUGUUAAUACACCUGCUUAUGAUAAUAAUAUCUCUGAACAUACUUAUAUAUAUGAUAAGCUUUCUGAAAUUAACUUUGAUCAGGAAUUUGAAAUGAGCACUACUCCUGAAAUACUUCUUGACAUAGACAGAAAAAAAGAAGAAAUAGAUAGAAAGAUACAGGAACUUAGAAAUGGACAAAAAGAACAAACACUUGUAACAGAUUCAGUAUCUAAGAAUGUUGAAGAAUAUAAUCCUACAAAGAUACCUAUAACCACUACAGAUGUGAAGAUAUCAGAACAAAAGGAUAACCAAACAUCUAAAUUAAUAGAGCCCAUUAAUAAGAAGAAAAAGAACAAAUUAUCUACAUUUAGAAGACUAAAAGACUUAGAGCCAAAGAAGAAAAAGAAAGAAAUAAAAGCAAAAGACAAAGAUAAAAGACAAAACGAAAAAGAAAAUGAGCAUGCUUUUUUAAAAGCAUUAAACACUUUGCCUGAUCUUGAUUUUCCUAAAACACCAAAGGUUGUAAAAUCAAAAUCUGAUAAGUUAGUACCAAUUGAUUCUGAUCCAAAGACACAAAUUGAUAUUAGUUCGACUAUUUGUACUAAUUUAUCCCAAAAUGAACUAAGUGAUUUAUUGGAAAAUAACAUAUUUUGUACUCAAGCACCAAUAAGUCCUUUUUCUGAUAAACAAACAAAAUCUUACCAAAUUGUUGGACAUAAGAAAAUAAGCAAUUGCCAAGAGAACUUAGACCAAAAUAAAUUAGACGAAAAUCAAGAUAAACUAACACAAGAGACAAUAGAGACUUUUACUUCUGUCAACAAUGAAUUUGUGGAAAUACCAAAUAAUGACAUUCUAAGAACAUCCAUGAAUAUUGCAAAUAUAAGCACAUAUGAUACUAUUGUAACUGAUCAAGGUAAUCAAAACUUAAUUGACCCUAGUAUUGGUACAAAAAUUUGCUCAACUAAACCUGUUACUUUUAGUAUAGGUAAUGCUAAACCUAUUGCUAUUGAUUCUGGCCAUGAAUCUACUAAUCAUGAACCUAAUAAAUAUAUAAAUGAACCUGGUCAUGGAUCUAAUAAAGUACAUACUGAUAAACUUGAUAAAUCUGUAUUUGCUCUAGUAACAGAUAAUAAACAACAAAAGCAAAAACAAAAGAGAAAGUAUGUAAGACGUACAGAAGAGCAAAAACAAACUGAUAAAAACAAAGUACCAAAGAAAAGAGGUCGUCCUCGUAAAAAUCUUGAAUGUCUCACACCCGAAGAAAGAAUGAAAUAUGAAGCCAUACAAGAAAGAAAUCACCGGGCAUAUUUAAAUAGAAUAAAAAGUAAAAAUAUGUCUAGUCAAGAUAAACAAACAAGUAAGCCUAAUCCAGAAUUACUUCCAAGCACAAGCAAUUUUAAUUCUGAUAAUUCUGAUCACACAAUUAAAACUUUUUCACAUGACAACAAAAAAGUAGCUUGUAGUACAACAAAUACUGAAAUACAUGAAUCAAGUCUUGGGAAUAAACUAAAAAGAAAUAAAAAAAACGAUGAAACAACAGAUACAAGUCUAAUGUCAGAUACAGAUGGACCACAACAAUUACAUUUAAAAGAACAGAAGACGGAAAAAAGAAAGAAGAAAUAUAAAAAACGGAAAAAUUCAAAAGUACAAAACAUGGAUAGUUCAGACAGCGAAACUGAAGAAAAACAUCAAAGAAAGAAAUUUUUUCGUAAAAGUAAUAAGAAACAGCAAGAAAUAAGAGAAAAUAUGUUGUGGUCAUCUGAAUUGACUGUACACAUUGAUGCAGAAUCAGAAAAUAAGAAAGUUGAAAAAACAGCCGAAAUAAUUUCUGAAUAUGUUAAAGCAAUGAAAGGAAAAGAAAGAUCUGAUAUACUAAAACAGAAUAAAAAAGAAGGGAAGACAAAAAAAAAUGAUCCAAAUUCAUGUCACCUUCAUAGUAUAGUAGCUAAAAGAGAUGCUUAUAUGAAAUACUAUACGAAAGGCCAAAGAGGAAAAUAUAAAUAUAAAAAAAUGAUGGAAUAUAUAAUUAUUGCUAUCCCUCAGACAAAAGCAUACCAAAAGAAGAAUUGCAACAAAGGAGAAAAGAGAAAAGUUCAAAAGAACUAAAAUUGCCAUUC